AUGAAUGGACACGAGGAAAUUCAACCAACAACUAAUGGCACUUCAUUGAUUCCAUUAGCUAAAUUAAAUGAGAUCAAAGUAUCCGAUUACGUAAGAGAAUGCUUGGAAAAGGUUGCAGUAUCGGAAGGUUUUACUAAUUACACUCUAAUUUUUGAUCACGGUGCAAGAGUUGGUGACGGUUUUGUCGGACAAAUUUUAAAGAUUACAAUCAAGGAAGUCAAUUCAGAUAAAUCAUUGAAUGUCCUUGCUAAAAUACCACCCGAUAGUAAAGUAAGACGUGACCAAAUGGGUGCAAUGCAAUUAUUUGAGAGAGAAGUUUACAUUUACAAUGUAUUUUUACCGGAAUUAGUAGAAUUCCAAAAUGAGAAGCACAUCAAGGAAUCACUUGGAUUUUUCAACUUUCCAAAAUGUUAUUUUGCUGAGCAUAGAAAGGAACAGGACGAGUCUAUUAUCAUUAUGGAAGAUUUACGUGACAGUGGACAUAGAAUGUGGGAAAAAUCUAAACCUAUAAAUUAUGAGCAUGCCAGGUUGCUUCUUAUUGCUUUAGGACGCUUACAUGCUCUUUCUUAUGCCUUAAAAGAACAGAGACCAGAACAAUUUGAAAAAUUUAAAUCGUUGAUAGACUAUUUUUCAAAUGAUGCAAUAAACGACACAAUGGUGGCAAUGAUGACGAAUGCUAUGCGAAACGCAGUCGAAAGUUUGGAUAAGGAUGACGCCAAAAGAAGAGCAAAAGCCAUGGAUUUAGCAGACAAUUUAGUUUCAACUCUCAAGUUUGCUUUAAAUUCGGAUAAUGCUGAGCCUUUCCCUGUAAUCACACAUGGCGAUUGCUGGUUCAACAACUUCUUGUAUCAUUACAAAAGAAAGGACCUUCCAGAAAGUAUCGUCCUACUCGAUUGGCAAAUAGCUCGGUAUGUUUCACCAGUCAUUGAUUUGUGCUAUUUUCUAUUUAUGUGUACUGACCAUCACUUAAGAGCCAAGCAUUUUGAUGAGUUCUUGAAUAUUUAUCAUCAUUCUUUAAAGGAAAUGCUUGAUCGUUUGGGCUGUGAUGUAAUGACUCUCUUUCCAUUUACUGCUUUAUUACGUCAAAUGAAAAAGUUUGGACGAGUUGCCGUAAUAUUCGCAGCUCUAGCAAUUCCAAUGUUUGCAACAAAAAGUGAAGACUUAUUAGAUAUGGAUGUAGCAGCUGAACAAUUGAAAGAUCAAGAUCCGUCAGCUUUGGCGGAAAUUAUGAAACAAUACGCAGAAGUCAUAGGCAAAAAUGCUGACAAAAUUAACGACAGAAUGCGAGGAGUGUUACAUGAUGCAAUUAGAUAUGGAUAUUUAACUGCCAUUGAUGUAAACAGUAGAAAUGACAUAAUAAAGAAAUCUUAUCAAGUGUUUACCAUAAAGCGAGUAAUUUUUGACUUACAUAUCAUGCACAUGCCAGUAAAUGUGUUAGUAACGUUAAUUGCCGAUCAGACUUCAGUAUUAGCUGAGAUUUUAUUUGCAAUGGAUCAUUUUAUUCCACAAAUUAAUAAAAUUGCUGAGGAAAAUGGAUUUAAAGAUUUUAAGUUAAUCUUUGAAAAAGGAUCUGAUUUAGGAUUCAUUGGAUUAUUAAACAAGUGUCGUAUAGUGGAAAAUGAUAGAGAAUUGUCAUUAUACUGUAAAUUUUUGCCAGAAGACGAAGAACGAAAUUCGAGAUUUAAUUCAUUUUUCCUGUUUGAACGUGAAGUGCUUGUGUAUAAUGAAAUAUUUCCAAUUUUUGAGGAAUUUCAGCAUGAGCAUUGGAUUGAUAGAAGUGAUAAAGAUGGAUUUUGGACAUUUCCUAAAUGCUACUAUGCUAAUUUUGAUCAUAAUUGUCCAUCAAAGUCGAUUAUUAUAAUGGAAGAUUUAACAAUUAUGGACUUUAUAGUCAAAGACAAGUUUAUUCCAUCCGAUUUUAAUCAUACUGCAAAAUUGUUUGAGGAACUUGCAAAAUUACACGGAUUAUCGCUUGCUAUAAAUUAUAAAAAUCCAAAAGCUCUAGAGAAAUUUAGACAAUUAAGAAAUCCUAUGUGCUUUACGAUGCAGACAGAAUUAAUGAAGGAUAUUGCACCAAGAAACUUAUCACUAAUUACCAAACUAUUUCAAGAUGAAAAUGAGCAGAAAAUUGUCGAAAAAUUGUUACCAUAUAAAAACGAUUUAUGGAACCAAAUUGCUGAGAGAUUAGAUGAAGCUGCUCAGCAAUCAUUUAGUGUUAUUUGUCAUGGCGAUGUCUGGAUAAAUAAUAUUCUUUAUAAUUACAGCGAUGCUAAUAAAGAUAUUAUCAAUGAAAUGAAACUUGUUGAUUGGCAGAUAACACAUUAUGGUAGUCUUGGAUCAGAAUUGGCAUAUUAUCUCUUUACUUGUGUUAAUUAUGAAAGCAACUUUAUGAGAAUGAAAAUGCCGAUUUAA